AUGCCCAGGCCGGGGAAGAGUUCGUACAGCGACCAGAAACCGCCCUACUCUUACAUCUCCCUAACGGCCAUGGCUAUCCAGCACUCGGCCGAGAAGAUGCUGCCCCUGAGCGACAUCUACAAGUUCAUUAUGGAGCGGUUCCCUUACUACCGGGAGCACACCCAGCGUUGGCAGAACUCCCUCCGCCACAACCUCUCCUUCAAUGACUGCUUCAUCAAGAUCCCGCGGCGACCCGACCAGCCGGGCAAAGGCAGCUUCUGGGCGUUGCACCCGGACUGCGGGGACAUGUUUGAGAACGGCAGCUUCCUCCGCCGCCGCAAGCGCUUCAAGGUGCUGCGCCCCGAGCAUCACCUGCCCGGCGGCGGCGGCGGCGGCGGCGGCGGCGGGGCUGGCGGCGGCGGUCCCGGCAAGCCCCCGGCGCCCACCCCGCACAUGGUGCACUACUUCCAUCCGCAUCCGCCACCACCGCCUCCCCCGGGCAAGGUGCCAGGGUUGGCGGGCUCCGACGCUGCCGUAGCCGCGGCCGCCGCCGCCGCCGCGGUGGGAAGGCUGCCGCAGUUCUCGCCCUAUGGUAGCAGCCAGCCCUCGGGCUUCAAGCAUCCCUUCGCCAUCGAAAACAUCAUCGGCAGAGAUUACAAGGGUGUGCUGCAGGCCGGCGGGCUUCCGCUGGCCUCGGUGAUGCACCACCUGGGCUACCCGGUGCCCAGCCAGCUCAGCAGCGUGGUGAGCUCCGUGUGGCCGCACGUGGGGGUCAUGGAUUCCGUGGCCGGUGUGCCCGUGUCCCCCGACUACGGACCCUUCGGCAUGCCCGUGAAGGCCCUCUGCCACCCGCCGGCACAGACCAUGCCUGCCGUCCCCGUGCCCAUCAAGCCGGCGCCGGCGUUGCCCGCUGCCUCGGCCAUCCCUGCUCUCACGGUCGCCGCCUCGCAGAUCUGCCCCGCCGCUUCCCCGACUGCUGCAUCGCUGCUGGAACAGACCGCGAGCAACAACCCCGAGGGCAAGAGCUCCCUUCACUCCGUCCUGGUGCACUCCUAA